AUGCCGGGCCCGGACGGAGCGCGGCGGUUAUCUGCAGUGAGACAAAAAUUGAGGAUCACCUUUGGCAGCCGAAAGCAGGCGAGCAUCUCAGGCCACAGCCAUGUCCCCACCUCCACGGGCACAGCUGUGCAGAAGGCGGCCCAGGAGCACAGGCAGCACGAUGUGAGGGUUUUUGAUGAUGAAGGAAAGGAUGUGACACCCCAUCCGCUCUUCCAUCCAGAUCCAAAAACUGCUGCAUCCAAACAAAGCAAGCUCCUGGCAUUGAGCGAUUCCUCGGGGGCCACAGGAUCAGUUUUUCUCCCUUUUUCCAUGUAUCAGACAUCAGAGGAGGAUGGUAGUUCUGCAGCCCCACACUCAAGGACAUCUGAAAGCAGCAGAAUUUCUAAAUCUACCAUGUCAAUAACAGAGUCCAUGCUAGAUGGGAUAGCAGCACCUGGCUCUCUCCAAGACACAGCUGUUAGCUCACCUGAUGUACAGGUGAGGCGAGAGGAGAUAAAAGAACAAGAGACAGAAGAAGACUUAGACAAGAGAGUGGAUAUUUAUCUCACAGAGACAGAAACUCUCUGGAUGUUGGACUUGCCACCUGUUGUGGUGUCUGUAGAAUCAGAAGAUGCUGCAAGAGUUCUGGAGCGUAAUAAGAUGUAUGCUGACGUUUGCAAAAACAGACCUGGUAACGAUCGCUUUGUAGAGAAAACGAUGCAAACCAUCAAUGGAGCUGCAAAGAACAAGGAAGUACAAUGUGACAAAAUCAUCAUGGAAGACAAAGGGAUAGUGGUCACUACCUGGCACUUGUACAAUUCUUUUAACACGUCGCAAGUAGAACCUACCUCCGAAGCAGAAGGCAGCAGAGCCCCAGCUGAGAAGAAGAGCACCUCUGAUAUGACUAAAGACGAGGCUACACCUGCAGCUGCUGAAAGAGGCAGCAUAACUCCUACGACCAUUUUGGAAAGUGCUGGUCUUGCCAGAGUCCACGAGGAGGAGAAAUGCCACACAGAAGCUACGUUAAGAUCAGAAAACUUUCAGCAGCAUUUAUUUUUCAUGGAGAGGAUUCUGAUGGAGAAUAUUUUUCAACCCAAACUCGCAGCUUAUCGACAGUUUCCUGUCCUUACCGACCCUGUUGUUGCGUUGGGGGCUGGCAGCACAUCAGCUGCCAUAAAAGAAGCUGAGCAGGAAGAGCAUGACAAGGAAGAGAUGGAUAAGGAAGAGCAGAAGGAAAUGCUUAGUGAGCCAUCAAUUCUGUCAGAGCUAAAUAAAACCUCAGAUGAAAUGGUACCUCCCACUUUGGAACAACUGUGGUCCUAUAGAUGUGAUUUAACUCACCAGCACAAUGUGAGCAGCAUGGCUUGGAGCAAAGUAAACCUGGAUCUUCUAGCUGUUGGUUAUGGAGCGUUUGAUUUUAAAGAACAGAAGGAAGGCUUGGCAUGCUGCUGGUCCCUGAAGAACCCAAUGUGGCCAGAGCGUAUUUUCCAUUGUGAGCAUGGUGUUACUGCACUGGAUUUUUCUAUGGCAAUCCCGAACCUUUUAGCAGUUGGGAUGUACAGUGGCAUCAUCGUGGUCUACAACGUGCAGAGUUCUGACUCCACUACAGAAUUCCACAGUGGGGAAUGUUCAGCUAAACACACAGGUCCUGUAUGGCAACUGAAGUGGGUGGAGUGGGACACAGGCACAAUAGGAGGUCCCAAGAGGGAGAGAUUAAUCUCCAUCUCAGCAGAUGGCCGCAUAACCCAGUGGCUCAUCCAGGAGGGACUGGGUUGCAUUGAUCUGAUGAAAAUAAAGCGAACGAGAAGCAAGAGGAAAAACUUACCAGCUGAGAAAGAAGGGAAAAGCGAAGCUCUGAUGUCCCAGUGGGCAGCUGGGAUGUGCUUCGACUUCCAUCCAAAGGACACUAAUCUUUAUCUGGCUGGAACAGAGGAGGGUCUUAUUCACAAGUGCUCUCGUUCAUGCAACAAGCAGUUCCUAAAGACAUACAGAGGACAUAAGGGCCCUGUGUACAAAGUCGCUUGGAAUCCGUUCACCACAGACACGUUCCUGAGCUGCUCUGUGGACUGGAGCGUUAUUUUAUGGCACCAGAACUCGCAGACACCCAUUUUAACUUUCAGUUCCACCACUACUGUUGUUCAUGACAUUAUGUGGUCUCCAAAAUCAGCCUUCACAUUUGCAGCAGCUAGUGAAAGCAGAGUAGAAAUUUGGGACCUUAGCACCAGCAUCUUGGACCCUGUGAUCACUCGCUCUGCCGACCCAGAAGCCAAAUUCACAUCUGUACUCUUUGCUAAGAACACCGACUGCCUUCUGGUGGGAGACAGCAGAGGAGAAGUCAGUGUGUUUGAGCUGCAGGACCUGGCUGCUUGCAGCAGCACUGAGGUUGAUGCCUUGAGUGAUGUAAUCGGUCCCGCUCUACUUCCAGCAGCUAAAUGA